GUACUAAGUUAUGUCUAAAUGUCACAUGUCCAGAGAAAAGAUCCCAAUAAACGGACCGAGGCCGUACAGGUGACUUAGAGAGACAUUGGCUCAGUUCCAGGUGAAGCUCAGGUCACUGCUGCUUGGAUUUACUCAGGAAAUACGUAAAGUCAGAGAUUCUGAUAUAAAAAUGAUUGAAAUGACUGGAAUCAAACAGAAACCACAUUUAUAUCACAGACCAAUAAAAAAAUAUAACUUAUUCAUCAUUAUAAUGACAGGUGAGACACUGCCUCACCUGGAUCACCUGACCCAUGUCCCUGAACUGUAGAAAGAAGCUAAUCUGACAGUACUGGAGUAAAAGUACUUAGUUACUUCUAGAGACAGUUUCUAAAGAAAAGUAAAUCCGCUGAAAUCAUUUCUAUGAACCAAGGCCUCAAACAGACAGGUGAUCACAGGUGAUCUCUAGAAAAUGUGGGAUCAGUUUCAUACUAGUCCUCAUCCAGACUCUAACCUUUCAGCUCUGACUCAGUUUAACGUCAAGUUCAGCAGAUUUCUGCUGCUUCUGUUGGAGCUGAGCUGCUGACAGCUGAUGUUCACCAAGAAAACAUUCAAAACUGCUUCAUUACCUUCAGACGGAGGUUGACACGGAGAGAAAAACACCUGCGACACAAUCCUGGUGAAUAUUUAACUAAACUGAAACCAGGAAACUACCUGUCAGGGCAGGUGUGCCCUCCCUCCUUUUUUUUCAACUGUAUAUUAUUCAGACCAUGAGAGAAUGUGUGCAAUUUUUCUUUCUGAGGACAAUUUACUAAUUUUAAACAACAUUUUUAAAUACAGCCGCCAGGAGUAGGUGUUGGUGUCGCUGCAGUUCCUCCACACGUCCACUAGGGGGAGACAGCACAGCGACAGAAGGAAAAUGCUGCAGCAGCGAAUGAGAUCCAAGAUGGCGGCUCGGCAGAGAAGGAGAUCCAAGAUGGCGACUCAGCAUCCGUAGAUCCAAGAUGGCGGCUGAGGUGCAGCUGUGUUGUCUGGAGAGGUUCCCCUCGUACCUGAGUCCUCUGGAUGUCUUAGUUUUAGACUCAGACCUGGACUCGGUCCUCCUUCAGGACGUGAACGAGCCGGUGGUCCUCUUCACCCCGCAGCGGCCCCACAGCUCCGGGGCGGCCGGUAUUUUACUGCGGGUCCACCCGACCACCGAGGAGGAGGCGGCGCGCUGCGGAGCCGGCUCCGGGCUCCGGGACCGGGUCCGGGUCUUCACCAGCCGCUUCUUCCUGAGACACCACGGCCUCCAGCGGGUCGGCACCACCGGGACCGUCCGGGUCCUGGAGCCGGUCAGCCUGGACAGGGUGGUGCUGGGGGCCCGGGGCAGGGACGGCCUCCGCUGGGCCGGAGGAGACCAGUUCUCAGGGAGGCUCCUGGAGCUCUGCAGCCCGGGGAGGAGGCUGCUGGCCCGGCAGGGAGACCCGCUGCUGCUGCUGCCCCGGGACCCGGACCCGGACCCGGACCCAGACUCGGGACAGGUUCAGGAUCAUCUGGAUCUGGAUCUGAUGGUGCUGGAGUGCAGUCCAGUGAGACAGGGGACGAUCACAGCCACCACCUCCGUGGUUCUGACUGAAUACUGGGACCCUGUGGACCAUGUGGACCAUGUGGACUCUGUGGACCAUGUGGACUCUGUGGCCCCCCCUGCCCCACCCAGACUGUGUGUCUCAGACUUUGCUCAUUAUGCCGACGGCCUCGGGGGCGUCCGGUCUCUCCUCACCAGCAGACGGAUGCUGGACUCGGGGGUCCCGGGGGUCUCGGGGGUCCUGCAGGCCCUGGAGUGCAGGGUGGACGUCGUGGUGGUGGACACCCAGCGCUGGUCCGGGGUCGGUGGUCCACAGGGAGCCGCCGUGGACGUGGACGGCUGCUUGUUUGUGAGCAGACGUCUUCUACUGAGGCUGGGGCUCUUCAACCUGGAGUGCGUCCGGCUGGGGAGGCCCAGGACGCCCCCCAGGACGGGGGACACGGACCUGGACCUGGGGGGCGGGGUCUGCAGAGACCGGCCCGUCUCUGUGGUGGUGGUGGAUCUCACACCGAGUCCAGAGCUGCAGGUCCACGAUGACCUGGGCUUCAUCUCCCCCAGUCUGUGGUUCAACCUGAGCCGGGGAGACGUGGUCCCGGUCUCCAGCCGCCCCCUCAGGAUCAAGAGGUGGAAACCAGGACCAGGACCCGGAGGUCUGAGCUCCACCAGCUGCUGCCUCUCAGCUUCACCCCGGUUCCUCAGAGACCUGCACAUCCAGCCUCUGGCCUCUCCUCUCUACAGCAGCCUGGGGGGCUACGACCACCUCCUCAGCCACCACUUCAGCACCCCCAGGCUGGUGGCAGAGGGAGACGUCCUGACGGUCCCAAACCAUCCGGACCUCCUGGAGACCAGCUCCCAGGGGCCCGACAGGUGUCCAGUGCUGUUCUUCAAAGUACAGAAGGUGUGUCCAUCUGGAGGAGGAGACGGAGGAGACGGAGGAGACGGAGGAGGAGACGAAGGUGGAGGAGGAGGAGCUUACCUGGCAGACAGGCUGCACACCUCCCUGUACUUGGGGACGUCCACCAGUGGCCCCGUCCCCAGCUGCUCCGUGGAGGGGGCGUCUCUCUGGACCAGUCUGUCUCCUCCAGGCCUCAACAAAACCGUGGACCUCCUCAGCAGCAUCAUCCUGCCCCACCUGCAGCACAGCAGCUCUCUGUCUGGAUGCUCCGUCCUCCUUCAUGGUCCUGCAGGAAGUGGAAAGACGACGGUGGUGAGAGCAGCGAGUUACAGACUGAACCUCCACCUGCUGAAGGUGGAUUGUGUGACGGUGUGCGCUGACAGCCCUGCAGCGUCUGAGGUGAAGCUGGCGUCUGUGUUCCAUCGAGCCGACUCUGUGCAGCCGUGCGUCCUGCUGCUCAGGAACAUGCAGCUCCUCGUCAGACCUGCAGGAGCGUCCGAGGACCAGGGCCGGAUCCAGGCGGCGCUGUGCCGGCUGGUCAGCAGCUCCCCCCCCGGGGUGCUGGUGGUGGCCUCAGUCUGCAGACCUCGAGACCUGUCCCCUGGUGUCAUGGCAGCGUUCGUCCACCAGGUGGAGAUGCAGACUCCUACUGAGGACCAGAGGCUGUCCAUGCUGGGGGGCCUGAGCCGUCACCUUCACCUGGGGAGGGACGUCAGCCUGGAGAGACUCUCCAAGCUCACGGCGGGCUUCGUGUUGGGGGAUGUGAGGGCUCUGCUGGUGGAGGCGGGUAGAGCUGCUUGUAGGAGGCUGAUCCAGUCCUGCGCUGGUCGACAGCAGGAGGAUCUGUGCUCCAGUGGAGUGACCAUCCAGAACCAGGACUUUACCUCGGCCCUGGAGACCCUGCAGGACGCCCAGUCCAAGGCCAUCGGGGCCCCCAAGAUCCCUAGUGUUCGGUGGGAGGAUGUCGGAGGUCUGCAGCAGGUCAAGAGAGAGAUCCUAGACACCGUCCAGCUUCCUCUGCAGCGUCCAGAGCUCCUGGCUCUGGGUCUGAACCGGACCGGUGUCCUCCUCUACGGACCCCCAGGGACGGGGAAGACUCUCCUGGCUAAAGCUGUGGCCACCGAGUGCUCCAUGACCUUCCUCAGUGUCAAAGGUCCAGAGCUCAUCAACAUGUACGUGGGUCAGAGCGAAGAAAACAUCAGAGAAGUUUUCCUCAGAGCCCGUUCAGCUGCUCCCUGCGUCGUCUUCUUCGAUGAGCUGGACUCUCUGGCUCCCAGCAGGGGGCGCAGUGGAGACUCUGGAGGAGUGAUGGACAGGGUCGUGUCUCAGCUCCUCUCAGAGCUCGAUGCCCUCAACUCCUCUGUCGGGGUUUUUAUCAUCGGAGCCACAAACCGUCCAGACCUGCUGGACCAGUCCCUGCUGAGGCCGGGCAGGUUUGAUAAACUCGUCUACGUUGGAAUCAACGAGGAUCGAGUCUCUCAGCUCCAGGUUCUCCAGGCCGUCCUCAGAAAGUUCCAGUUGGACCCUGGUGUGGACCUGCAGGAGGUGGUGGGUCGUUGCCCCGCCCACAUGACGGGCGCCGACCUGUACGCCCUGUGUUCAGACGCCAUGACGGCCGCCAUCAGGAGGAAGGUCUCUCUCAUCAACGACGGUCUGGAUUCAGAGGACUCCCCCGUCCUCCUGUCCGUCGAGGAUUUCUCUACUGCAUUGGAGAACUUUAAGCCAUCAGUUACUAACGAGGAGCUGCUGAGAUACAAACACAUUCAACAGAAACUCACAGCGAAGUAGAAACGUUCCCAUGAAUCAUUUAAAGUGCCUCCUGCUGCUGAACGACGCUGUAAUAAAAUGUAAAUGAUGUAAAGAGAAGGUAAUUUAUACAACAGUGAAUGUAAUUAAUAAAGUUGUCGCGACACACUAAUAAUAAAAA